AUGCAUCAAAAAACGUCUGGUCAAGGAUUCCCGCACCCGAUUGCUCCGAAUGGAGGCAUUAUCUUUGCACCGCCCCUGCUGCUACGAGCACUGGGCGGAGCAUAUCAACAUCCAUCCAACGUCGGUCCGAGCCACACCAGUUCUUUCGACGAACGGUUUACCUGUUCCAAACGCUUACAACGUCGCGUGCUGCGGAGUGCCACGAUAGAGUCCGCCAUCUACCAUCACGUCGGGGAUACUAAAGCACGUGCUUACGCAAAGAGCAGGGAAAUAACAGAGAGUGUAACCAUCAAAUACAAGGUUCAAUCACGCACCAGUCAAUGGAGCGGCAUCAAGCAAUGUGGGCCAACACUUGGAGUUAUUGGGUCAACAACCUCCGUCGCCAUCGCGGUUGUGGCUCACGCGGUAAGGUUACAUGCAGAAUGCUUUACGAUCGCUACUGGAACCCAACCUUGGCCUCCGUGGCAACUCGUGGACGGCGGCAGCGCAAGUUGCUACUCUCUGUCUUCGGAGGAUCGAAGCUGGAUACCUUUUGCGUUGAGUGGCGCACUCCAGGUGGUCUACAUUCGUGCCGAGGCGCAUGAUGCAGUCUUCUGCAAACUUUGA